CUACAGAUUAAUUUUGACCCACGGGGGAGCUUUGACGUGUCCCUUCCCCCCCUCCAAUUUUCACGAGACACGGGCAGUUUUCUUUUUCUUUUUUUCUGUUAUUUCGCCGCCCAUCUAAAUGCAGCCGCCGCGGCCGGGAUUUGAUCCCGCGACCUCGUGCUUAUAGCAGCGCAACACCCCAGAAUUGCUAAGCCACCGCGGCGGGUUCUGCAUAGUCACGACGCCGUCUGAAGCCAGAAGGACGAAUAUUAGGCCAAGCCCGCCCAUGUAUACCGGACACAUAUAUUUAAUUCCCAUUAUGGCGCCGAACCAUACGCAGUAUACUUGCAGCUCCAGUAGGCAGAGCCAGAGCUCCGUAGUAACGUUCGUAUGGGAAGCUGUGUGGUGUGCAUAGGUGCAGGCGGUUCUGCCAUGCAGGGUUGUUCUUUCCGCUUUGCACAGACCUCGCGUGUUCGAGGGCUGCUACUGGGCGCACAUGGGCUGCGUUCCGAUCGACCUGGCGCUGGCGGUGGCCUUCGUCCUCUUCAAGGAGGAGAUGGUCGAGUACGAGGCUCGCCAGGCUCUCACCGCUUCCGGGGGCACCACUGUCGCUGCGCGAGGACUCGAGCUCAACGCCACGCUGGUCGACGGCGCCGACGCCGGUGCCGCCUCUGGUGCGGGACGAGUCGCCGCGCGGGCCGCCGGUCGGGCCGGCGUGAGUCCGAUACUGUCCGCGCUGUGGCAGCUGGUGCGCUUGCGGAGAAGCGGCGGCGUAGAACAGGUGAUACAGCAGGCCGGCAUCAAGGCCGUCGACCUGCAGAACCCGCUGACCGUGUUCCUGGUGGUCGACCACGCCGUGUGCGUGUUCGCGCGCAGCCACCUGGUGUGGCGCAUCAACCAAUGCCUCCACGCGUUGGUUCGCAAUCAGGUGAUGCUCGGCGCCACUGCCGGCGGGACGGCUGCCGCCGCCGCUGAUCUCGGAGCUGUCGCCGACGACGGCGCCCUCUACGCGGAGCUCGCUGACCCGGUCGCGUCCGCGUCGGGCGAUGCGCCCGAAGAGGUCUGGAACGCAAGCGAGGGAGAGAAGCAGCCGCGUCCGUCGCUGCGAGGAGCUGAUGAUGAUGAUGAUGAUGCCAUAGCCCGGCAGCAGCGCGACCUGCUGGACGUGAUGCGCACCACGUCCAGCAGUUCCAGCAUCCUGAUUGCGCCUCGGCGCAAGCGCUGAGAAACCGCGAGGAACAUGCGCGCGCGCCUGGACAUUUUGUAAACGCCUCGGUGUGUGUAGACGCGACGAAUAGAGAGUGCGUGUGUCUUGUUGCCGAGUGAGCUGGUGAUGACGAUGGUGCCCGGCCAACGUGGCCCAAGCUAAAAUUUUCGAAA